CGAUUAUAAUUGCACAUUUGUGAGUUGUACAACUGUACAGUCGACGAUACGUCCUUUGAAAAAAAAAGGCUUGAAAUGAAGUUUUUAAUUUACAUUUGUGUUUUGGUAUCGGCUGCUUGGGUUGAGAGCAUUCCACCGCGGGAUUGCAUCGGUUUCUACUGUGGACCGGCCUGCAAACCUGAUGAGUACCUCUACAGUAGCGGCUGCGACUACCUCCAGCCAGAACCGACCUGUUACAAUCCGAACCCCCCUAAAGACACCCGUGGUAAACUCUGCGACUAUAUGAAAUGCUACUGCCGAGCGCCUCUAGUGAGAGACAACACCACGAAUACUUGUGUCGAACUCGACGAUUGUCCUGUGCCAGGGAAAGUUCCAGAAUGUACCUACUUCUACGACAUUGACGACGAUGGUCGAGUCUAGGACUAAAAUCUGAACGAUAAAGUGUAAAUAAAAAAAAUAAACAGCCUUCAAAAUCUGUUUAACAAAAAGUA